AUGGGAGACAUUGGCAAGAUCGGGGGUGAGGUCGUCAAUGGCCCCGACCAGCCUGGUGUUGUGGAUGAUGAGCGGAUGUCAAGUGUCAAUAAGAUGCUAUGGAGCGUUUGUUCUCUGAUCGCCACUCUGUAUGAAGAUAUGCCGGCCACCCUGCAGAGCCUGCCGGAGGUGACGGCGGGCCGCUCGCGCGAGGGGGAGGACUGCGCUGUCUGCCUGCAGGCCUUCCGCGCCGACGAGACGCUCAUGGCGAUGCCAUGCUCCCACGCCUUCCACCAACACUGCAUCUCCGAGUGGCUCCGCCGCAACCCCGUCUGCCCGCCACCAGCUGCGGCCCGCCGAGGACGACGCCGAGUCGCCGACAAGCAGAUUGCUAGUUAG